UUUCCAUCAGCCGACAAAACCCGAACCCGGAUGAUGUGAAAUAAUGACUUAGCUCAGCGUGUUACAGGUGGCUGGAGACAGCUGGGUGCGACCGGGAGCCGACGGGACGCAGCAGCAAAAACGGACCGCCGAUAGAGCCGCUGCGCUCCGGAUGAAACCUUCAACUUGUGAGUCUUGGAGUCCGGAACCCGCGCGUCACCUGACGGGAUGUGAGGCUAUGAAGCAACAAGAGGGAAUGGUGAUAAAACCAGUCCAAGUCACGGAAGUGGAAGAAGGCGUCCAAGGAAAGGACAGCGCAAGGGACGGAGAAGAGGUAAAGGAGCGGAAAGUUAUUCAGUUCAUCGGGGAAGCAGAGGCAGAGCAGAUGUGCGUAAUUCUGUAAAACAAACUCGGGGAGAAGAAUUUAUACAUCAAAAAAGAGAAGAAAAAAACAUGGAGCCAGAGGGGAUCACAGCGGAGCAAGCUACUAAUGUGGCACAAUCUGCUGCCUCCAAACUGUCCCAGAUGGGCGAAAGAACUAAACAGCUGGGCAACGUUAUCCAAGACCCAGAACGACAGAAACGCAUAAUUCUCAUAAUAGUGUGUGUUGCACUUUUAUUAGACAACAUGCUUUACAUGGUAAUUGUGCCAAUUAUACCCGAUUAUCUGGAGGGGCUACAGAAAGCAGCGGAUCAGGAACAGUCAGCUGCUGCGCCGCACUCCAACUCCACCAACAGCACCAUCCACAGAGCGGCCGAGGGAAACUUCGACCUCCAGAUAGGCGUCCUGUUCGCCUCUAAGGCCAUCCUGCAGCUGCUGGUGAACCCGCUGAGCGGCACCUUCAUAGACAGGGUGGGCUAUGACAUCCCGCUGUUCAUUGGGCUCAACAUAAUGUUCCUCUCCACCCUCACUUUCGCCUUCGCCGAGAACUACGCGACCCUGUUCCUGGCGCGCAGCAUCCAGGGCCUCGGCUCGGCUUUCGCGGACACCUCAGGGAUCGCUCUCAUCGCGGACAAGUUCACGGAGGAGUCCGAGCGAAGCAAAGCCCUGGGCAUAGCCUUGGCUUUCAUCUCUUUCGGAAGUUUGGUUGCACCCCCCUUCGGAGGGGUCCUGUAUGAAUUUGCGGGAAAGCAGGCGCCUUUUCUGAUCCUGGCCUGCAUCUGCUUCACUGAUGGAGUCCUGUGUCUGACUGUGCUCAAGCCCUUCUCCAACAGGGAGAGGGAAAACAUGCCCGUGGGCACCCCGAUCUAUAAGCUGAUGAUUGACCCAUACAUAGCUGUGGUGGCGGGAGCUCUGAUCGUCUGCAACAUACCUCUCGCCUUCCUGGAGCCAACCAUCGCAAACUGGAUGGAGGAAAACAUGAAUGCCAGCGAGUGGGAGAUCGGCAUGACUUGGUUCCCUGCGUUCUUCCCGCAUGUGUUAGGGGUUUAUCUCACUGUGAAACUUGCAGCCAAGUACCCUCACCUGCAGUGGUUCUACGGGGCCAUAGGCAUGGUGUUCAUAGGGGCCAGUUCCUGCACGGUGCCGGCCUGCAAGAACUUCGGGCAGCUCAUGAUCCCGCUGUGCGGCAUUUGCUUCGGCAUUGCCUUCGUGGACACGGCGCUCCUGCCUACGCUGGGCUUCCUCGUAGAUGUGCGCCACGUCUCAGUGUACGGCAGCGUGUACGCCAUAGCGGACAUCUCCUACUGCGUUGCCUACGCCUUGGGGCCCAUCGUAGCCGGUCAGAUCGUGCACAACUUGGGCUUCGUUCAGCUAAACUUGGGCAUGGGGCUCGCCAACGUCCUUUACGCGCCGGCGCUGCUUCUGCUGAAGAACGUGACGCAGAUGAAGCCUUCUUUCUCAGAGCGCAACAUGCUGCUGGAGGACGGCCCCACGGGUCUGUACGACACGAUUAAGAUGGAACAACGGGAGAAGAAGAGAAAAGGUCUGUGCACAACAAUUGAUGAGAGCGGCAUCGAGACUUUUGUCCAGCGCUCUCACUCGGAGGAGGAAUCAUCAGGAGGAGAGUACGCGUAAAAAAAAAAAAAAAGAAAUAGAUAAAAAAUAAAGACCUUAAGCUGUAUGUGAAAUUUAAAAAGUGCCAAUGUGUGUAUACGUUUUGAUUAAGAUUGUGAAAAUAUAUCAGCGUGCGACAAUACCUGUGGGUUUUGUCCAAUCGAGUGGUCGCAACUUUGUUUUAAAAUGGGAAUUUAGUAAAAAUGAAAAAAAAAUAAAAAUGGUGAGAUUAAUGUCUGUCCAUCUUCUGAUCACUGUAACAGAAUCUGACUCUUCAGGGAAUAUUGUGCAAACGUGUUUUAAGGAAAUAUAAUGUAUGCGUCUUUAAAUGCCAUCUGUAAUCAUGUUGCUUAUGAAUGAAAUAUGCAAACUAGCGUGUUGAAGGGCAGAAAUACGGGAAUUACCUGGAAUCUGCCUCUUGUGGAGAAUUUACACUCUAAUUUUAAAUGAAUUAUGUGCUUCUGGAAUGCAAAGCCUGAAAUGAUCUGUGACUGUACAUACAUGUAUAUUCAUGUACAUAAUUAAAAGAACAAUAUGUGAACUAUA